UCCUCCCACAACCGUGAAGCCCAUUUUCGUGAAGAAGCAAAAAAUGAAAAUUCGAUAUGUCUUCGUCGUUAUCCCAGGGGGCUCGUGGAGAGCACAAGUUUGAAGGGUCGUAGUGUCCUUGUCUGGGCCACUUUCUCGCAGUUCUGAUCAAAAUUUUUGGGAAAUGGAUCAGUGGAAACCUGAAGAUUUGUCUAAAUCUGCAUCUGUUGCAGCAGAUUUAGCAUCUUCUUCCCUUCAGCCUCAGUCGCAACUUGUGACCGUCACCCCUAGCCGCUUGCAGAAUUCGCAUACCGAAACCAGGCAGAGGCCUGAAGCUGAAGCACAGGAUCCAGUUGCUGCAAGAAAACUCCAGAAGGCAGACCGCGAGAAACUGAGGAGGGAUCGACUAAAUGAGCAUUUCCUAGAGCUGGGAAACACAAUAGAUCCAGAUAGGCCAAAGAAUGACAAGGCUACUAUCCUUACAGACACAAUUCAGGUGCUAAAAGAUUUAACUGCUGAAGUCAACAGACUAAAAGCUGAGCAUACUGCGCUUUCUGAAGAAUCACAGGAACUGAUGCAGGAGAAAAAUGAACUCAGAGAAGAGAAGACAUCUCUAAAAUCUGACAUUGAAAAUCUUAAUGCACAGUAUCAGCAAAGAGUCAGAGUCACAUUCCCAUGGACUGCAAUCGAUCAUUCAGUUGUCAUGGCUCCACCGUAUUCAUAUCCAGUUCCUAUACCAGUUCCUUCCGGUCCAAUUUCCCUUCAUCCAUCACUUCAGCCUUUUCCUUUCUAUGGAAACCAAAAUCCAGGACCGAUUCCCAAUCCUUGUUCCACAUAUGUCCCCUUUUCUGCUCCAGCUAAUCCCCCAGCAGAGCAGCCAAGUGGCCAAUAUGCCUCGACAUCCCGCACUUCAAGCAAACAAGAUUCCAGAAGUAAGUCGCCAGAUCAUGAGAGGACCGGCAAUGCUGAAAGAUGUGGUGAGUCUAACGAUGUAGCUACAGAGCUUGAACUUAAAAUGCCUGGAUCAUCAUUGCGGCAGGAAUCAUCUUCUGGAGCAAGGAAGGGCAAGCAUUCAUUAAGGAAGGCGAGAAAUAUCACAGAUGGGAGUACUUCAAGCAGGCAUUCUUCGUCUCAAGGACCUCAAGAUAGCUCCAACAGCGUGGAUGACAUCCCCAAGUCUGAUAAAUCAUAAAUGAAAAUGUAUAUGGUUCCCUCCACCAAUAUAUGCAAAAUGAUUCAUGGAGUUCUUCUCCUGAUAAAAAUAACUGAAGCAUUACAACCUUGUUCUUUUUGUAUUAGAUCAUUAUGAGACUAUCCUGGCCUUGUGUAAAUAGAUAAGUAAGCGGUUAUUAGAAGUUACCCAGAUGAUUUGCCUUUAGCCAUGCGGCAUCUCAAUUAAUAUCUGCCAUUUUAUGGGACUUCAUUAUCUUA